UUGGCGCGGUCGCAAAUGACGUUACAGACGUCAAAUCUAUACUUAUAUCGGUAGCCAAACAAACCGCCAUGUUUACCUACAAUUCGCAACUCACGUUUACCUAGAUGAAUUCUCCUCGAUCGGAUCAUGUCGCUUCUAUAGAGACCAUCAACAAGAGUCACUUCAUCGCACCAAAUCGUCAUGUCAGUGGCUUCAUUGGUCGUGAAGAUAUUCUAGGCCAAAUAGAAAAAGGAUUGUCCUCUGAAUCUCAACCCCGUGUUGUCGUGCUCCACGGAUUAGGGGGGCAAGGCAAAACUCAAAUUGCACUUGAGUAUUGCCACCGCGCAAGAAAGAACAAUAUCCGAAAAAUAUUUUGGGUCGAUGCAACGUCCGCGAACACAAUUAAGAAAGACUUGACGCAAUUUGGGGGUACAUUAAAAGCCCGGCAGACGCGGCACAAGAUUAUCAAGAAGUUACCUUGGUGUUAAAUAAAGUACGAGAAUUGGAUGAGCCGUGGCUGAUUGUUUUGGACAAUCAUGAUGACCCGUCAAGUUUUCAUCUUCCCGAUUUUAUACCAACGGGGCAAGGAGGGCGGAUUUGAUCACCAGUAGACACGCAGAUACUGCCCGUCUAGCCGAAGAAGAUCAUGAUAUUGAGCUACCUGGACUCCCAAAAAACGAUGCUUGUGAUCUUCUCAUAAGACAAAGCCGAGUUGGUGAUGCAGCAUCGCGCGACGACGCAUACACUAUCGUUGUUCGUCUGGGUAACCAUGCACUAGCCAUUACGCAGGCUGGGUCAUAUAUCCAAACCCAGAAGAUUAAAUUAUCUCAAUUCAUGGACAACUACAGCCACCGACGAGAAGCAAUUUUACAUGAAACUCCACGGAUGUCAUAAUAUCGGCGUAAAGUUGGAGAAGAUUCAAACGAAACAGCAUUGAAUGUCUUUACAACCUGGGAACUCUCCUACCAACAACUAGAAAAGCUUGAUGAUGAGAAAUAAGUACAAGUCAGUAAUUCUGACAUUAUUUGCUUUUUUCGAUUGUCAAAACAUAUGAUACGAAUGGCGGAAAAGGCAUGGAAAGAGGGAAAACGAAGGAAAGCAACGAGGUAUGAUUUUGGUAGAAACCAUUCCAUUGCUGCUUUGAGCCCUGAUAUUGAUCCUGAUGUUAACCCUGAUGUACUCCGUAUAUAGUUGGCUAUAUAGUUGGUUAGUUUUUCCGAUUGCCCUUGUUGAUGAAACGCAGAAAGAUGGAGGAGUUUGUUAGAGAAAUGAAGAUAUUGAGGUUGGAGAUGCUGAAUCCUCCCAUACCUUUGAAGUUACAUUCAACUUCCCCAAUCACAGACCACCAUAUCACGAGUUCGAUAACUCCGAAAAGUGUAACUGAGGCUCAUCCACAUUUAUCCUGGUAAAUCGUCUCAUUAUUAUCUUGCGCUUUUGCUGCGAGUUCGAAACCUAUUGCACACAAGAACUGUUCUCCAAUCCUGGCUUGCUGAAGAUAGAAGAACCCUUACUCUUGUUUCUAGAUGAAAACAAAAACUGGGACCAACAAAAGUUUGUGGGUAUUUUGAAUGACUUCUCUCAACUUUCGCUGAUUCAAAGCUGGUAUCGAGAUAAGGAUAACCAAUGCCACCUAUCUCUACAUCCUUUAGUUCGAGACUGGAUUCGCCUGCGCGCUUCUCCACAACUAUGCUCCGACCUUGCAGCUCUCAGUGCUUAUAUUUUGGCAACAGCUCGACCAAUCUACCUCUGAAGACAUGUUUAUGAUGCCUUUACAGUUACGGCAGGAAAUAAUUUCAUAUCUUAAUAUUCAUGACGACACUCUACUCGCUCUCAGUUCAUUAUCACGUGUACUUCGUAUUCAGCAAAAAUUCGAAGAAGCGUUUGAUAUAAGCCAGCGAGUUUACUAUCUAUAGCAGUAAAUAUAGCUCCGAGGAUUCUUCAGUAUUGAAAGCUAUACAUUGCCUGCAGCGGAUUUGCUGAUAAGAGGAGAACUUGUUAAGGCUGAGGGAUUGAGGGAUUGUUAAAACGAGUUAUUAAGACAACGCCAAGGGUUUUGGGACGCGACCACUGGCUGAAUUUGGCAAGUAGAUCUGUUCUUGCUCGCGUGUUCUGGAAGUAAGGAAAUUUGGUGAUGCCGAAGCCCUUUCACGAAAUAAAGUCCAAAACAGCCAAAGAAUAUAUGGAGAUGACCACUCUCUCACAGUCGAUUACAUGGCAAUAUUAGCCUGGAUACUCACAAGACGCAAAACACACUCCGAAGCCCUCCCAUAUAUUGAAAAGCUCUAUAAAUUUAAUCUAGAAACAUGGAGACCUGAGAGUCCCCGUACAUUAGCGGCCGAACGUAAGUACUAUAGAGUACGCGCGAUUAUGGGCCGACAAUUACAAAGCGAACAGACAAAAACUAAGGGGACCUCCUUAACUGGAAGCCAAAACACGGACUCCAAAAACGGUGUACGAUACGAAGCAUCUGAGCCCCGAUGAUGAAUUCAUCUUCUUUAUCUACGAACAAAAUUUACUCGGGUCUUCGGAAGAUGCAGAGUUUGCUCGAAAUUCUAUUCCUACAAGAGGACAGGAAGACAAGAUGACAGUUAUCAGUGCGGACGGGGAUGCCGAGGCAACACGAAUGUCGGAAACUGCAGGAGAUGAAAGAGAAGCAAGCAAGAAUGCAACACAAGAGAAGGACAAACUUGAGGUAGAUGAUACUUUGGGCGGUUGAGGACAGAAGCAUAUAUGGACGCUUCAGAUGGUGAAAUUCUGCGAAAGCCGGCUGUCAAUGACGAUAAAUGAGGAAUUUCUAGUUCUGACAAGGGUGAAAUGUGAUUGCAAUAUUGGAUUUAAAGCAUUUUCUGU